AGUCAAACAGCUGGGUAGACCGGAAUGUCUCGUGGCGGCUAUCACGCAGGUCGGGCUGCACCGUGAAGCCACACGAACUAUCUCCUCUUCUUUUUUCCCCUCACCAAAUCGUCUAACCGGGACUUCCUAGAAGCCAGAAAACUACACGUUCUGCUAUCCCUUUGGCUGGUUUUCGGCACCCCGAAGAGGAGAGAGAGGACGACAGAAAAGUUAAGCAAGAAUCUUGGGGUGGGAGGGAAAAAAAAAAAAAAAACACCACUUGCUCGAAAACGUAACGGCGGAAGCUAAGACAAGUCGUUCCAGUGUCCCCGACUUGUUACAAUGACUCAUUUGGCGUCAGCGCAGAUGUCAGCCCCACACAGUUAAAUGUUAGAACUACUUGAGCACAUAUUGCUCGGAUGGUCGAAGAGGAAAAAGAGGAAAGAGGGUUCGUGGUGCCUACCAUGUCUCUGUGGGUGAUCCUGCCUGUUAGCCUCCCAGCACUGACCAUCACUGGGAUCUGGGUUGUGUAUGCCAUGGCCUUGUACAACCAGCACGUCUGCCCUGUAGAUAACUGGUUGUACAACCAAUCGUGCGAAGAGGAGCUCUAUUUGCAGAGUGGGCCAACGUUAUGCUGCACACUCGACAACGUACCUCUCAUCAGUAAAUGUGGGACACUUCCGCCUGAGAGCUGCUUCUUCAGCCUUAUCUGCAGCACAGGCUCAUUCAUGGUCAUGGUGAUCGUACUGCUUCGCUACGCCCACGUUAUUGAGAAGCACCAAAACUGCGUCCUCAACACGGCGAGUCUCUCCACAGGCUGGAUCUGUGCCGCUGGACUCAUCAUGGUGGGCAACUUCCAGGUGGACUACGCCAAAGUUCUCCACUAUGUCGGAGCGGGCAUCGCCUUCCCCACCAGUAUGCUGUUCGUGUGCCUGCAGUCGGCGCUGACGUAUCGGCUGGCCAAGACGCAGGGGGAGUACAACGUGGCCCACCUGCGGCUCUGCAUGACCCUACUCGCCUUCGUCGCCCUGGUGCUCAGCGGCGUGUUUUUCUGCCAGGAGAGCUUCGCCCUGCAGCACGCUUCGGCCAUCUUCGAAUGGGUCUUCUGCGUCAUCAUCAUGCUCUUCUACGGGACGUUCGCCUUCGAGUUCGCCGACAUGUCGGGUGACACCAUGGUGGUUUUGGCCCGAGGGGGCUCACCGGGGGCGGCGGCGAGGGAGCACAAGGUGGACGCGCUGGGGCCGCGCUUGCCGCCGCACCAACCCGAAAACAUGUCGUCCAUCCUGUAGGGCCCGACUCGCUCGGAUUGGAUUAUCCUUCCAAGACGGCGCUGUCAAAUCAGUCGAGUCAUUCAAUCAAUCACGUCAAGAUUCGAACUCAAGCAAGACCCCAACGGAGAGCUUUUUUUGUCAUUACAUCAGAGCUUUUUUUUUUUUUUUUUUUCCUUCCCUCCCAUUUUUGCCUGUCUGCAUUUUGCACAUGUGUGAAGCCAAAUUUUCCAUCCAGACAAACCAGCCAGCCAGCCCUGCCUUCAUUUAUUAGCCGCAGAGAGCUAAAGGUCCAUCAGAUUAAGAAAAAUCUGUUGUUCCCUUCUCCCAGCGCUCAACAAGUGACCUUGGAUGAUUUCCUCUUCAGGUGAUUGCAGCGAGGCCUUUUCAUUUCAUUUGGUGAGUGCGCCCGUGCUAAACAAGAGGCUGCUGGACGGCCACAGCUGAAAAUGCAGUUUGGUUUUGUCUGCUGCUUUACACGCUCACCACAAAGGACGAAGGUCAGGACGGAAGCAAUAAACUCUUCGUAUUGUUCUACAGAUGAGUACAUAACUGUUACGGAAAUACUGUUGCAUAAAAGAGAGGGGACCUGUUAUGUGUGUGUGUGUAUAUAUAUAUAUAUAUAUAUACAUUUUAAUAAUUUGUCUCUGAUCAUGUUCACAUUGAACAAGGUAAUGAUUAUGCAAAAAAGUCAUUUCCUCACUUUCGACCAGGGGUGCCCAAACUACGGCCCGGGGGCCAUUUUAAGUAGCCUGUGGCAUAUAUUAAAAUUAAGAUGACCUGUGUCGUUUACCUGUAUUGUACUAGUUUCUACACUGGUUGGCAAGACCGUACAAGAAGAGAAGAAGAAAUUUCUCCUCUCUCACUCGCUUGUUUACCACCAAUUAGGGAUGGGCGAGUAUCGAUACCGGUCUUAUUUCAAGGUGUCAGGUACUAUUGAAGGCUACCGAUACCAGCCACCGAUACUUAAGGCAAAAAAAAAUCUGACAUUGAGUCCUCCUUGCCAGUAGCUGGCGCUGCAUUGCAGCGCUUUGACACAUUGGCGAAUCAUCACGUGCCUCAGAAAGAACGAAAGGUCUUUGUUCACUAUUAGGCCACUAUGUUAAUUGAAAUUGUAUGUAACAAAAGUACUAGGGGUAUUGGUACAAUGUAUAGGUGAGUUCUCAAGCGUGACGAUUAGUACUGGUAUCAGUCUGAAAAAAGUGGUAUCGAAAAUCCACACCCCCAAUCACGUCACUAAAACAGUCACAAAAUUUCUAUUCACAACGCCGCAAUGAAUAAAGAAUUUAGUUACAGCAGCAACUGAAUCGCAAUUGUUUGCUCCCACUGCAAGGUCAGCUUAGUACAGAGUGAUCUUGUUUUGGUUCUGAAUGCGGGAUACAGGGCUGUCGGCCACACAAGUGUCAGGAAAAAUCCUGACACUUAGCUUCAUCACUAGGCUAUUUGAAAAAAAAACAUAUAUAUAUAUAUAUAUAUAUAUAUAAACAAAAUUUUCGUAUAUCUAUAUCUGCACUGGAUUAAUUUUACCAUGUUAACUAAAGUCGAAGAAUGUCAAAGUGGCUUUUGUGUCAUUUGAUUUUUGUGUAUGGAGGCCUUUGGAAGAAAAAGUUUGGACACCCCUACACACUUGCUGUUCUCUGCAAAAAACAAACAAAACAAAAAAAUAUAUAUAUAUAUAUCAAUGUUAGCAUGAGAGAUUGGCAUCAUAUUCGAAGAAUUCUGUUGAUAUUGCGGAGUGGUUGAUUAAGCAUGUCUGUGUUGGUCAAUCAUGUCUCGAUCCAGUUAAAACUGUGUUCAAAUUUCACACCACCUGUCCUGCCUUUCCGACAUUAUACAAUGUCAGGUCCCCUUUAAUACAGCAAAUGGUGACACUUGUUCACGUCGACAUCCAUAUCGCUGUUUGUAUGCACUACGUGUUCAAGUGCUCAUGAUACAGAUGGUAGAUUGUCCAAACGUUGCCAAAGACGCGUAGACACGACGCAGUCCACACGCCGGUGGUCAUUCGAGCCACUUACAGUAAGCUUCUUACCUUUUACAGUAUUCCUCAUUGUCACGUGCGACUAUACGUCCGUGUUAUACUGUAAACAGCGUGCCAAAUAUCAGUGUGCCUGUGGCCUCGGUGCUAAUAACAAGCCUGAUUGUAACAUUAUCGCAUUCGUCAAAAGCAAUAUUGUACACUUCGUUUUAUCAGUAUUUUGUUACAGAAUGUCACCGGACACAGCAUUGGGUACACGAGACAGCACGACACUUAUAAUAUAAAGAUAACGACACUUCCGCUGUACUUGGGUAGCGUAUUCGAGCCAGUAUUUUCCAACCUUCCUCCGGUGCCGCUGUUCAGUAUAAAUCACGUGGCGAGGAAGUUGACCAGCCAAUUUUAUGCCUUGGGAGGUUGUACCAGAAGCCUUGUUUUUUGUUUGUUUUUUUUUUAAGCACAGGAUUCAUGCAAAGUGACCAGAAAUUCUCAUUUGCAGGUGUACCUCACGUUGUGGCCUAAAAUAAUACCAACUUGACGUGUAUUUGAGAGAUUGUUUAUUUGAUUUUUUGCCUUUCAUUGACUUCGUCUGACAUAUUCUGUAUGCUGUACUCCAGAGGUGUGCCAACCUACUUGACCUAUGCAGCUGUUCUCUUUUCUAACGUGUUAAUUCAUAUUCAUCAUUACACAAGUUGGUCACUUCUAUUUAAAAGUUUUUUUUUGUUUGUUUUUUGCGCAUCAGUACUGUACACUGAACGUGUGUGACUCAACUGGAAAAGCUUUUAGUUGUCACUUGCUCCCUCUACUGGUCAAACCUAUCAUUGCAGAAGCUUGGUCUUGUUUGUUCCACCUUAACCCUCCUUUAAAAUGUCUUGCUGUAAAAAUAUAAACAUUUCUUUUUGUUUCCAUUUUGUCCAGCCUAAAAUAUAUAUGUCAAAUUUUUAAUAUUUGGGUUUUCUUUAUCCUUCAGAGGCCAGUAUGUUAACAUGUAUUUUUUUAUCGGGAUAGAAAAACUAAAAAUAAUUUCUGUAAAAUACAUUUCAAGGAAUAUUUUA